AUGGAAAUAAGAUAUGAGAAUGAUUGCAAAGAACCAAAUGACAAUUCAACAAGGCCAUUUAGUUUUACUUAUCUAUCAAAGCCAUCUGUUAUAGAAGAAGAAAAGACGCAACAAAAGAAAAAAACAGCCUCCCAAGCGUGGUCACGCGAGCUCCACGACGCUACCAUGCGGGAGAGGCACGAGCAGUGGAUGGCUCGCCAUGGGCGGGUGUAUGAGGACGCCGCCGAGAAGGAGCGAUGCUUCUCCAUCUUCAAGACAACCCUCAAGUACAUCGAGUCCUUCAACCAAGAUGGAAACAAACCGUACAAGCUUCAAUGCGUUUGCCGACCUAACGGCAAGGCCUCAAGGACCGGAUACAAGCGUUCAUCCUCCCUGCGGGCGGCGAGCAUGAAGCCGUUCCAAUAUGAAAGUGUGACCGCGAUUCCAUCAAGCAUGGACUGGAGAAAGAAAGGAGCCGUCACGCCUAUUAAGGACCAAGGCCAAUGCGGAUGCCGUUGGGCUUUCUCUGCUGUGGCGGCCAUGGAAGGGAUUACCCAGCACGACGGAAAACUGACCUCUUUGUCCGAGCAAGAACUAGUGGAUUGUGACAGGAGUGGCGAAGACCAGGGUUGUGGGGGCGGCCUCAUGGACGACGCUUUCCAGUUCAUUAUCAGCAACCACGGCCUCACGACUGAGGCCAAUUACCCUUACCAAGCUGUCGACAACACCUGCAAUGCCCGGAAAGCAGCCUCUACUGCUGCGAAAAUCAGCGGGUAUGAAGAUGUGCCUUCCAACAGCGAGUCCGCCCUUCUAAAGGCCGUGGCCCACCAGCCAGUUUCCGUGGCCAUCGACGCAGGCGAAUCAGAUUUCCAGUUCUACUCCACCGGCAUUUUCACCGGGGAAUGUGGGACCGAUCUGGACCACGGGGUCACCGCGGUCGGGUACGGGACAAGUGAGAACGGAACCAAGUACUGGUUGGUCAAGAAUUCGUGGGGCACCGGAUGGGGCGAGGAGGGAUAUAUCAGGAUGCAAAGGGACAUUGAUGCUGCGGAAGUUUGCGGCAUUGCCAUGGAGGCUUCAUAUCCAACUGCAUAA